AUGGCUACUGCAGAACCCGUUGUGGUCUCUCUCCAUGACCUCAAGAGUGGGGAAAUCUCAUUCGAGACUCUUCAAGAAGCAUUUGGACCCGAGUCUCUAGGGAUUCUGGUCGUUAAGGAUGUCCCUCCAGAGUUUGCGGGUUUGAGACAUAAACUGCUGUCCUACGCAUCAUAUAUGGGCAAUCUGGAUAAGGCCGACUUUGACAAAUUCACCAACGAGGCAGCCAAGUACCUUGUCGGGUGGUCUCUGGGUAAAGAACAACUGAAGAAUGGUGGUGCAGACGACUUGAAAGGGUCCUUCUACGCCAACUGCGCCUUCUAUGUCGAGCCCGGCCGCGAAGCUCCCACGCCGACCGCGCAAUUCACUAUGCAUGAUUUUCCAGAGUAUCUAGCGCCGAACUCGUGGCCGCCAAAUGAAGUUCUACCCGGCUUCAGGCCCACUAUGGAGCAGUUGUGCAGCUUAAUCAUAGAUACUGCUGUGUUAGUUGCGAGAGCCUGCGACAAGUUUGCCGAAAGGGAAAUCCCAGAGUACCCUCAGGCGUAUCUCGAAAAGGUUGUGAAGUCAUCUUCAACAACCAAGGCUCGGCUGCUGCAUUACUACCCCAUGACUGACGAGGUUAUGGCGAGGGGUGACGACGAAGAUAACUGGUGCUCUGUUCACAAAGACCAUGGCUGUUUGACAGGAUUGACCUCCGCUAUGUUCGUCGACGAAGACAAGACAGAUCCGAAAGUGCCAACACUCGACGGCAAAGCACCCAAUUCUUUGUCAACCCUAGAAGAAAUGCCCAAGUCUCCGGAUCCGCAGGCAGGCCUAUGGAUCAAAUCUCGAAAAGGAGAGCCUGUGCAAGUCAAGAUCCCAAGGGACUGCAUUGCCUUCCAAACCGGCGAGGCUCUCGAGAGGAUAACACGCGGGAAGUUCAAGGCAGUUGAGCAUUCGGUUCGCGGGGCUUACAGCAAAGGUGUUGCUCGGAAUACGCUUGCAGUUUUCACUCAGCCAAAUCUAGAGGACGAGGUUGAUCUGGAUCAGCAUAUCACGUUUGGCGAGUUUGCCCGGGGAAUCAUAGCCAAGAAUACUGUCUGA